AUGAUUUUAUUACACAACGAGAGAUUAGCCUGUGAGCAAUGUAUCAGAGGUCAUAGGGCUGCUGACUGUCAACAUUUGAACAAAUCAUUAAUAUCAAUCAAGGGAAGAGGUAGACCACCAGCUAAGGAUUUAAGUGUUAGAUAUAAGGUUGAUCCAUUUCCAAAUAUUAUUAGUCAAACUUGGGAGCCAAUUGAAAGUAAAAAUGGUCGUGGUAGGCCUGGUGCUAAGAAGUUUUGUUUCCAUGUGGAUCCAGAAACUCCUGUUGAAACUUACCAAGUUAAAUUAGGCAAAGGGUUCCUGGUUAUUGGUCCAUAUGAUCCACCACCAGAUUUCAAAUACCAAGGUGCAUUUAGAAUCAGAAGACAUGUUAAAGGAAGAACUGUUAUUUCUCCUAUGAACACUUUUGGUGAAAGUUCUCCAAAGAAAAAUGGUCUUCGUUCUCAAGGUGCUGGUGUUCGUAAGCCAAGAAAAUCAAGGGCUAAGAAGCAUACUAAAACAGAAGCUCAAAACGCUGAAUUAAACGUUGCACAAUCUGUCAAUAACAAUGCUGCUAAUCAAACUUAUCAAGUUAAUAACCAAUUACAACCACCACAACCAUAUCCACAACAGUUAGAUAAUCAGUAUAAUGGUCAAUAUCAAUUCCAGGUUCAACCACAAGUUCAAGGUCAACAGCAAUACACUCAAAAUUUUGAACAAUCACAACCUCAACCACAAACCCAAAGUAGAUUUCAAAUUGAUCCACCAGAUUAUCUACAAUAUGCUAAUCAACAACAAGACCACACUUCUAAUUUCUUCAAAUCCAUUGACCAAAAUAGAGGUAAUAACAAUACAUCACCGGGUAAUAAUAGUGAUGUUACAGCUGUUGAAGAUGAUACCUUUUCAUCACCUUUUGACGAGUACCCUGUUUAUGAUAAUAGAAAUAAUGGAGGUAUGGAUCAAAACCAAAGAGCUUCAAUUUCAUCACAAAGCUCUAAUAUCACUCUGACUGGUGCUCCUGAUUUUGAGAAUACAUAUUCAUCACUGAAUUAUAUUACCACCCAAAAUAAUAUGAAUGAUCUGGAGCUUUUAUCCGACCUUGAUGCUGAUCCUCAUUCUGGUAUUAUCAAUCCAAACCAAUUUGAUGCUGGUCCUUCUAUUGAUCCUUCAAAUGUUCAACUGAAUUCUGAUGAUUUUGGGUUUCAGCAGCAUUUAACUGUCGGUGAUGAGUUUUUAGCAUUUGAAGAAGCAGCUCUUAGAGAUACAGAUAAAGAAUCAAAUCUUCCAUCUACAUCUGUCAAUACUUUCCUUGGUGAAUUACAUCUCACUGAUGAUUUAUUUGGUCAUUAUCCUCAUUAG